AUGGGUAGAGUUCCUUUUGGAGAUGAUGAAAAUGUUCUGGGAUUAGAUAGUGUCACAUGGUCCCGAAAAUACCUUUCAUUUCCCCUCCCCUACAGGGGCGAGUCAAGUUACUCCCUCAUUCCGGAAACACGAUGCCCUCUAUUUCCAGGGCACCUCCAGCUCCCGUUUUCCACCCUCCUCUCCAGCUGCUCCUUCUCCAUCUUCUCGGUCCUUGCCUCCUCCGCCUCCGGGCCAGUAAAUGCUAAUGUCCUGAGAGACUCUAACCAGGCCGCUAGAACACCGCGGGGCUGCUCUCGCCCCAACCCGCCACGCAGGACUAGGGCGCACACCCUCGGGUCUCUGCGAGCCUCUGCCUCGGAGAACCCCGCAGCCCGCGAGUGCAAAGUCAGUGAAGGACAGCGAGGACUGCCCGCACACAGACAGUCCCUUCCCCGGAGAAGGAAGAAGACUGCCAGGCUAGAGCCAAGGCUGAGGAGGAGACCGGCACGGGCGCCACGCGCGACCGAGGGGUCGAGGGACGUCCCGGAUCCGCUCCUUCAACACCGCCCCAGGCAGUGGGCAUUCGGUGCGCCGCCCCCUCCCGGCCCCGAAGAGGAUGUCCCAGCGAGCGCGCGGGCCUGGACAGAGGCAGCGCCGCAGCGGCGGCAGCGGCGCGGACAGCGUGAGAAAGAGAGACACUCACCAGCGUCAGCCCCGAGCCCUCACAGCACCGGAAGUAGUCACCCGCCCGUUGCCAGGAUCCCAGCCACCAUGCUCUGCAGAAGCUCAAGCAGCCUCAUGGGAAAACCAUAUGUGGAAGUUGUGACCAAUGACUCCAGAUAAGGUCCAAGCUGCAGCCAGCACCAACUGCCAGACAAGUAAUUGAAUGGGCCUUCAGAAGAUUCCAGUCCUCAGCCAUGGAUUAACUUUCAACAUUUAUGUCUUCCCAGCUUAGCAAUCAUAAGCAGAAAUAAGCCAUCUCCACUUACUUACCCUUUCCAAAUCUUGGUAAUAGUAAUAUAAUAAAAUGGCUUUUGCUUUACUUCACUAGGUUUACAUACUAGUAGUACUUGAUCACAGGCUCCAGCAACAGAGCCAAAGUUCACUGGCUCUUAUAUUGAGGGUAUCAUGCCAGGGUCCUGACACUGAAAGUCUAAGAAAAGUUAGCAGUAGCUAGGAGGAUAACCUCAUGGGUCUGGACGACUCAACUGCCUCCAGUUUGCCCACCUUAUCCUCACUAAUUUGUCCUCUUUCUUCUCUGUCUUUAGCACUCUCCCACCAUAGGUGACCUGGGUUUUUUCUUCUUCUUCUUCUUCUUCUUCUUCUUCUUCUUCUUCUUCUCCUUCUCCUUCUCCUUCUCCUUCUCCUUCUCCUUCUCCUUCUCCUUCUCCUUCUUCUUCUUCUUCUUCUUCUUCUUCUUCUUCUUCUUCUUCUUCAUUUUUCUUCCAGUAACUUCUAGGGGUAAAAGGGAAAGCUUAUUACAUAGUAAUAGUAAGAGUAAGCAUUUAUUACAUGACAGCAGUAAUUGGAACAUGUGUUGUUACCUGGAAGUGGAUAAACACCAUAACAAAACAUAACAAAAGAACAUUACAAGAGUAAAACAUGCGGCAUUGACUUUGAGACUCUGUGAAGCUGGAAGGGUAGGAGGGGAUCCUAAAGGAGAAUGUCAGAAAUCCAAGAGGCCUUGAGGAGGGUGCACCAAGGGCACAAAGGAAACUGAGGAAGAUGUUGUUGAAAGUCAGAGAAAAGGAUCCCUUGUUACAUAGGACCAAAAAGUUCAACCCUGGCUUUGAGGACAGAUACAACCAUCCCCAGGGUGCCCUGCCUGAAUUCCUGACUCAUAGACUGUAUAAGCAUAAUAAAACGGUGGGGUUUUUUUUUUUUUAUGUCAUUGAAUGUGGAGUGGUUUUUUAUACAGCGAUAUUAAAUGGAAUGGGCAGAAAUAGAAGAAAAGAUGUUUGGUUUUUUCAAAUGCAUAGAGAAGUCACUAUGUUGUACAUCUGAAACUAAUGUAAU